GAGGCCACUGUCCGACGCGGUGCGCGGCGCCGGCUGCCAGCGCUCGCGGCGCCGCCGGUGCGGACGAACGCGCGCGCCCCGCCCCCCUCGGCCCCCGCUGCGCCGGGGGGGCCGCGUCCCCGCCCCGCCGCGCCGCUGGCAGCCCCGGAGCUCCGCGGCGGCAAAUGGUGGGGCCGGACGAUGCCGGAGCUCCGGGCGGCGCAGCCGUGCUUCCCGCGGGCCGGCAGGAGGCGGCGGAGGAGGAGACGGAGGAGGAGGACGGGGAGCGGGAUGGGAGCCGGGGCUUGAACCGGAGGAGCGGCGGGCCGGGGCAAGAGCGGUUGCUGCAGCGGUACCUGGCGGCGCUCGGCCCCGCCGCGGCGGCGGCGGCGGGGGGGAAGCGCUUCCCGGAGAAGCCCGCCAACGGGGCCGCCUAUGCCGUGGGCCCCCCCGCGAGGAUGACCAACGGGGACGUGGGCUUCCUGCUGCUGCCGCCGCAGGGGCCGCCGCCGUCGCCACCCGCUCGGGCGGGACGGGCCGAGCCGAAGCGGGAUGAGCCAGGAGAGGAGGAAGCGAAACUGCAGAACGGGGGCUUCUUCCUCAGCCCGCCCGGCCCGGGGGGCGGCGGUGGCGGCGGCGGAGUCCCUGGGGGAACUGCCUUGGAAGAGCCGCUGAGGAGCUGCCGGCUGCGUAGCGAGGCGGACCGACGCGGAGGAGCGGCAGAGGCGGCCGCCGGCAGCCCCCCGCCGUCCCUCCGCCCGGGAGACGACGCCGGCAGCGGGGCGCAGGCCGUCCCCAGCGUGGGGACUUCCCAGGGCCUGGCGGAGCCCACUGCCCUGCCCCCGGCGCCUCUCGGCUUCACGGACGUGAACCUCAACUCCCGCAACACGUACGAGGUGAGCCGGCGCCGCAGCGCGCCGGAGCACCUGCCUCACGGAGGAGCGGCGCCCGCGGCGUCGUCGCAGGAGCCGGCGGAGAGAGUCCGGCGGACGGGCAUCGCCGGCGCCGGCAGCAGCUUUGCCGAGUUCUUCACCAGAAACUUUUUCACUAAAAAGACAAAGGAACUCAAACCUGCUGUCCAAAGUGCUCCUGGUUGGAAGCUGUUUGGAAAAGUCCCACCCAGAGAAAACCUUCCAAAAGAUUCAAAAAUUAUUCAGCAGGAUGACAGUUCUGGCAGUCUUGCGUCAAUAUCUGCUCUCAGUCUAUUAAACACAGGGGAAUAUGAAGCACGGACAGGAAGAAUGUAUAAACCUCCACCCCCAUCAGCAAGACGUAAAAAUAUUGAAUUUGAGCCACUUUCAACUACUGCUUUGAUUCUGGAGGAUCGACCAGCAAAUCUUCCUGCCAAAUCAGUGGAGGAGGCUUUACGUCACCGGCAAGAAUAUGAUGAGAUGGUGGCAGAGGCAAAAAAACGAGAAAUUAAAGAAGCACAUAAGAGGAAAAAAAUAAUGAGAGAACGUUUCAAGCAAGAGGAGAAUAUUGCUAGUGCUAUGGUGAUUUGGGUCAAUGAAAUUCUACCUAACUGGGAAGGCAUGCGUGCCACCCGCAGAGUUCGAGAGCUAUGGUGGCAGGGAUUACCCCCAAGUGUUCGGGGGAAGGUCUGGAGUCUAGCUGUGGGAAACGAAUUAAAUAUCACUCCUGAACUUUAUGAAAUCUUCUUGUCGAGAGCUAAGGAACGAUGGAAAAGCUUCAGUGAGACAAGUUCUGAGAACGACAUUGAAGAUGCAGGUGCAUCUGUUGCUGAUCGUGAAGCCAGUUUGGAGCUAAUUAAGUUGGAUAUAUCACGCACAUUUCCAUCCCUGUAUAUUUUCCAGAAGGGUGGUCCUUACCAUGAUCUCCUACACAGCGUUUUAGGAGCAUAUACAUGUUACAGACCAGAUGUGGGAUAUGUACAAGGGAUGUCCUUCAUUGCUGCUGUGCUCAUUCUCAAUCUGGAAGAGGCAGAUGCUUUCAUUGCCUUUGCUAACCUUCUAAACAAGCCAUGCCAGCUGGCCUUUUUCCGUGUGGAUCACAGCAUGAUGCUGAAAUACUUUGCAGCUUUUGAAGUAUUCUUUGAAGAAAAUCUUCCCAAAUUGUUUCUUCAUUUCAAAUCAUACAGUCUCACUCCAGACAUAUAUUUGAUAGACUGGAUUUUUACACUCUACAGCAAGUCCUUACCACUUGAUCUGGCCUGUCGCGUCUGGGACGUUUUCUGUAGAGAUGGAGAAGAAUUUCUCUUUAGGACAGGAUUAGGAAUCCUUCGGUUAUAUGAAGAUAUUCUCUUACAGAUGGACUUUAUUCAUAUAGCACAGUUUCUAACAAAACUUCCAGAUGACAUUACAUCAGAAAAGCUUUUUAGUUGCAUUGCAGCUAUUCAGAUGCAGAAUAGUAACAAAAAAUGGGCCCAGGUAUUUUCCUCACUGAUGAAGGACAACAAAGAAGGGGACAAGAACCAUAGCCCAGCACUGAAAAGCUAGUCAUCGUAAUGUUGAGGUCAAUGGAAAAUGUGUAAAACCACUCAAUGAUAAACGAGUUUUCAUGUCACUUCUAUGUGGAAAAGCACUGUAGGAAAAGUGAAAACAAGAUGGAAAAAUGACACAGCUCUCAGUGGAGUAAUGAACUGAUGAAAUCUUCACUCUUUUGCCAGUAUUAGCUUUUGUUGUGAGAAGAUUUGUUUUCGCACAGAAUACUAAAACCUAUGAAACUGAGAAGUGGAGGAGUUCAUAUUUAAUACUUUAAAAGAAUCAGCUCAAUGCAAUAAACAUUUGUAAUAACUUCUGUUGGUACUUUAAAAAAAACAAAACGGUUUUGAGGCAUAGCUUUUUUUACAAAUACCACAAGGCACUUUUGGGGGAGGGGAAAGAGGGAAAUGCUAAAUCUUAAGGCCCCAAAACUGCUAUCCACACCAAAUGCUUUGGUACAAGUAUUACCUCCAAAGUUAACGAUUCGAAAGUGUUGAGGACCAAAUAAGGUUGUUUGGUAUGUUUAUGUGAAGAUGGUUAAGAUUUGGAAUGGGGUAUUUUCUUGUUUACUUGUUUGGGUUUUUUAAGUUGCAGCUUCAUUCUUCAGUCUGGGCAAAUGUAAUUAACUCAGGAACUAUGGAAGUAUUGUGCCCAAACGUGUUAGAGCAAAAAUUACAUGAAUUUUAAACAGUGGUAAGACCAGGGCUAUUAGUUUGAGUGUACAGCUUUCAAAGCAGCUUAUUAAAAAUGGAGUGGGUAUUCUGUGAAAGGGUUUUGCCACCUGAAGUUCUAUUUUGUCAAGCCAUUUCCAACUAAGAAAUACUUGUAUGUAAUGUUGAACACUAGAAACUGACAAAGCUAUCUGCAGCCUUUGUGUUGUCAAAGGAGCAGCCACUUUUAACACUUCAGAAUAUUGCAGACAAUUGUUUUUGAAACUUAUCUUUUAUUAGUGUGCAAUACUAAAAUCCAAAAAGCAUCUGAUUUAGUGAUACUUAAUUCUUGAACAUCCUUUAACUGUGAGACAUAAGGUCAUACUGUAUGUGUCACUACAGAUAUAUUCAAACAUUUUCUGUUUUCAAAGAUGCUGUACAACAACUUGUGAUUGUAGGGGAUGGAAAUUUAAAAUGGAUAGCACUGCAAGUGAGGAACACUUGCACUCUCUUGGUCCAUUUUUGCUAAUAUUUAAUGUAAAUAAAUUCAUUACAUGUGGGUUUUUGUAACUAGUCCCUCUGUGGAAAUCAAGUUGAAAUUACCAUGAUAUAUUUUUAAGUGCAGGAGCCUUCCACUUGCCUGGUGUUUAAAAGCAGAGUCUACGUAAUUGGGGUAAAGAUUUAGUGUGGUGUAACUUACAUUGCUAUCUGGUUUAAAAACUACAUAUAUACUACUCAUAACAUUACAAUUUUAAAUGUAAAUGUCAGAUUUUUCUUAACUUAUGUAAUCACUACUUUAAUUGGAUCCAAUUUGUCUUAUAUUUUUGUGUUAUCUUGUACAGUUUUCUUACUUUUCAAGUAUAAAUCUGUAUAUAACUGUAAAUAGAAGGAUCAAGCCUUCCUUUAAGACCACUAGUAACAAUUCCUGUGUAAAUAAAACUUAUA